ACGUGGAAAAGGACGUGUGAGAGCACAAAUCCCCAAUCACAGACAAAAACAAUAUUAGGAAAAAAAAAAUUAAGAGUAAAAUACAAGCUCACUGGAUCUCAUUCAUGGCUGCUAUUUUCUCUGAGAUUUCCUAAUUUGCACCACCCGAGAAGAAGAUCCAACGCCUUCGAAUUCCGGUUCUGCAGAUUUGGAAUAGGAAGAAUUUGUUGAGUGAUUGGGAGAAAUUGAGCUGUGGUAAUGGAGGACGAGAAGAAUAAGAAGAAGCGGAACAAGAAGAAGAAGAACAAGCAAAACAAGACGGCGGACGAGGUUGCUGCGGUUGGCGGCGGAGAAGCAACCUCGGAGGAUCAGAAUCACGCGAGUAAUGGAAAGGAUGAUCAUGGCCAGAUUGCUGAGUCUGCGGAUGUUGGAAAUGGAGGGAAGGACUUGGAUGUUGGUCUCACUAGAAAUGGACCAAAUGGCACAGAUUCUAUGGUUUUAGCUGAAUCUGAGAAACAACAGUGGCUUCAAAGAGAGGCUGUUUUAGAAGAAACUAUUAAACAAUUACAGAUAGAACGAGAUUUUCACAUACAGAAAGAGACUACCUUAGAAGAUACAAUUGAUAAACUGCGAAAAGAAAACAAUUUACAUUUACAGAAAGAGUUUAUUUUUGAAGAGGCAAUAAAAAAAUUACAAGAUGUAAAUACUUCCUAUAUGCAAAAAGAGGCCACUUUUGAGAUGAAAAUUGUUGAAUUACAGAGUGAAAUAGAGUCCUGGAUUCGGAAAGAGGGUCAUUUGGAGGCGAGGAUUAGUCAUUUAGUAGAUGAAAAAACCACAUGGUCUUUAAAAGAGGUGAGCUUGCAGGAGAAACUUGAACAUCUUGAGAAUGAGAAACGUGCUUGGACUCUAAAUGAGGAUUUGAUUAGAGAGACUAUUGCAAAUCUGAAUGAUGAUGUUUUGAGAUUAAGGGUGCAGGUGGUGGAGUUGGAAGAAUCCAGAAACAAUGUCUUACAAGAAAACCAACAACUGUUGGAAAACGUAUCUAGUCUGCAGCUGCAAAUUAAGGAUCUUCAUAGCAUUGCCUCUACUCAAUCAUCGGAUGAAUUUACAAAGCUUUCUUCCGAGCGUGAUGAGUUAAGCUCUCAGGUAGAAGCAGCAUGCACGUUGGUUGAGAGGUUAAUUGCAGAAAAUGCAGAACUUGUUGAAAAGGUCAAUGAGUUGUUUAUUGAGCUUGAUCGACGUGGUGGAUCGUUACUUCCUUCAACCGCAGCAUACAAGUUGAUGGUUGGGACUGCUGAAACUGCUAGUUUUUCUGAUCGGGGUUCUGAAACCAUCACGGAUGUGCCAAAAUCAGGCCAGGAGUUGAACUCAAUAGAAGUUGUUGAGGUCAAAGAGGAAAUGAAUGGUAUUCAUAAGUCAGAUAACCAUCGUACUGAUGUAGUUGCAGAGCCUAAAAUAUUUGAAGAGGCUGGUGAAAUCGUGCAAAUUCCGCUAGACGAGAAUGAGGUUCCAGAUCUCGAGUUGCAGGUUAAUUUGAAUGGUGAAAGGGAUUCUGUUCCAAUCUCAGAUGCUCCCCUAAUUGGUGCCCCGUUCCGGUUAAUAUCUUUUGUUUCUAGAUAUGUUAGUGGAGCAGACUUGGUGAACAAAAAUUCUUUGCAAGUCUAAGCUUUAACCAUUUGUUUAUUUUUGGGAUUAAUCACAUGCUUGGCAUGGAGGAGUAUAAUUUUGUUAUAUUUUUUGUGGAAGGAAAAUGUCAAGAUCACAGGUAUCCAUUCUGGCUAUUUUCCUUAGUGGAAAAUAUUAAGCUGCUGAUUCUUUUUAUCUUAUUUUCUCUGAGCUAAUAA